UUUUUUUCCCCCAAAUUUAUAUUUUCAUCUUCUUUCUCUCUGAGUUUAAGGAAUUAGGGUUUCUAAUCUCUCUCUCUUUCUCUCGAGAAAUUUUUCUCUGUUUGGUUCUUGAUUCUUAAUAAAAGUUUGUUUUUUUUUAGCUUCGGUAACUUCGUUUUGUGGGUUUAAGCUUGGAUUCAAUCUUCAUCAUCAGCCAUGACUGAGUAUUGGGUAAGCCAAGGCAACAAAUGGUGUGAAUUCUGUAAGAUCUGGAUACAGAACAAUCCAACAAGUAUUAGAAACCAUGAUCUUGGUAAGCGUCACCGAGAAUGUGUUGAUAAGAAGCUCACUGAUAUGCGUGAGAAGAGUGCAGCCAAAGACAAAGAGCUCAAGAAAAACGAAAAAUUGCUUCAACAGAUCGAAGCUAAAGCAACUCGUAGCUAUCAGAAAGAUAUAGCAACUGCUCAACAAGUAGCUAAAGCUAACGGUGCACCGGAGGAUGGUACAUCUGAGAAUCAUCACCAAAGAGCGAAACGGUUGCUUCUUUUGAGUCACUCUCAGGUUGGAUGCUUGACAGUGCUUCGGGCUAUUAUUAUAACCAAACUAAUGGUCUGCACUAUGAUUCACAGUCUGGAUUCUAUUACAGUGACUCCAUAGGACAUUGGGUGACACAAGACGAGGCAUACGCUGCGGUUAAAACUUCAUCAGGAACCAAAGUACCUCUCGUUAAAAAGCCUGUACUUUCUUCAGAAGCUGGACCAAGUGUGGUGAAACCACCUGGUCGUCUUGUCACGGCUUCUUUAAACCCUAAAAGGGCUGUUAAAGGAGCUAUGUCAUCUGUUGAUCUUGGCAACAACAAGAGAAAGAGACCAGAUGAGAAACCGAAGAAAGUAUCUGCAGAAGAGAAAGCUGCAUUGAAGGCAAGAGAAGCUGCUAGGAAACGAGUUGAAGAUAGAGAAAAACCAUUGCUUGGUCUUUACAAUAGACCCUUUUGAUGCAUUGUUGGCUUGAUCUUCUGUAAAAGGGAGAGGCCAAGCAGAGAAGAGUGAUGACUGAUGAUUGAUCUCAUCGUGGCAGUGAUUUCAGUUAUUCCUAAAUGACGUUUAUUCCAAAACUCUCUAGUAUUCCUGGGAGCAUUGGUCUCGUGUUCUUCUAACUGUUGUUCAAGUCAUAUCAGUUUCCUCUUUGUUGUAAACACCUAUUCAAUUUUUUAGUUAAGAGUGAUUCAAGUCCCCACAUUU